AAGAAUUGAUGUUACAAAAAUCGUAGUCAAAAUAGUAAUCCAAGCCCAAGCCAAAGCCAAAGCCGAAGCCAAAGCCCAAAUCAAAGGCCUAAGUUCCUAAUUACCCAAGUACCAACAACUGCUUGUCCCUUUCUACUCUCUAGCAACUCAAACGUUGCGGUGGUGCGCGCUGCGACGCGGAGGAAGGAACUAGCUGCCCCAGCCAUGCCAGGCCCAGGUCCUCACAUGAUGUACGCCAUGGGUUCUGGUCUGGCCCUCACAUCCCUCACCGACGGCCGUUUCAGCCCUCACCACACUCUCACCUACGCCCUCAACGCCUUCUUCGGCCCCGACAUCGGCUCCUUCUCCGAGUGGCUCGGCUCCACCCUCGGAUUCGGCAAGACCUUCGCCUCCGCGCUGGCCGAUGCAGUCCACCACCCCUUUUAUUACGUUCUCAUUCUUGGGCUCCCUCUGUGUUUUCUGUACUCGUGGGUCUCCAGGUUCUUGAUUCAAAAAGGGGUUCUUGAUUCAGUGUCCGGGGUGCCGCUUACUAAGAAGCAAUGCUUAUUGUUGAUCUCAGCAGGUUCUUUAACGCACUUUUUCCUAGACCACUUGUUUGAGGAAAAUGGACAUUCCACUAUGUAUACUUGGGUAUUGAGCACUGGUUGGUGGGAGAGCCGAGCACCUAUCAACCCAGAUGCCGUUGUAAUAGUUGGUUUCUUAUGCAUUUGCUUGAUUGGAGGCUUUUUUUACAUCAACAGAGUGAAGCCCUUAAAGUCCAGAAGAACACAAUCAUAUCAAUCAAUGAUACUUAUACUGAUCAUAGCAAGCCUAUACUGCUUAUGGUGUGCAAGCCAAAUAUACUGGGUAAAUCCUCGUCGGCCGGCAGUUGGUGAAGAGGCUGAUCUUGGAGUUCUUGUAUUUUUAACUACUUAUUUUUUUCUCCCUCACGGUUUGUGUAUCAUGUCCAUGUACCCAAAAGAUCUUGACGCAUAUCAAAUUCCCCGUUAACAAUAUUUACACAUAUGCUAUAUAUCCUAAUGUAGCUGAACAAAUGCUUUGAGUUUGAACAGCACAGAGAUUCGGGGAUGAAUCAAGAAGCUUCUAUACUUGCCAGAAUCUGUUUUCAUGGAGUUGUAACGAACUCUCUAUUUCUAAUUGUAAACACCUCCAUUUCUUCUGUUUCUUCAAGCUUUCAUUCAAAUAAACUUCGGCAUUGCCAGUGUCAUUAUAAACGCAGUAUGAAGCUAGAUGUGGAUUUGCAUGCUUACUUAGGGUAGUUAGUUCAUCAUAGGAAGAUGGGGACAGAGUAAAACUAUAAAAUUAUGAGUAUUCCAAUAUUUCUUCCCAAUCUUAGAUAAAGCGUAAUCAAAGUCCCAAGUCAGUUUACUUGGUUUAUUUUACAAGAACACUUUUUCGAUCGAGUAAGAGUUUUGAUGGCCGAUUUCAAUUCCUUCGUACUGCUGUAAUUUUCAUCAGAUUUUGGAACUAAGAACCUUUGUGAUAGGAAACUGGAAGUUCCCCUUCUCCCUUAAUUGCCACGUCAACUAUAUAACAUCUGCAAUGACAUGAUAAUUGAGCCGAAAGCUCUCCAGUAUUUUCUACAUUGCAAUGACAUGACAAGAAUUGGGUUAGAGCAACUUAGAAAGAUGAAUCUUAAACUUCUUCAAUCUUACAAGAUAGAUGUAAUCAAGGUAUGUCCUCCACAAUUUAGUUUUGAGUGUUUCUACUCAUAUGCCUGGCAUUCUCCAACACUACGCACCGGUGAUGUGGCAUGUUAUUUUAUUUUUUAGUAAAGCAUGUGUUUUACUUGAAUAGUCCAUCCCAAAUUCCAUUUGAAUUUUUUCCCCUACCCCGCAUCGCUCCUCUACUCGCCUUCGUCCAACUCACAGUUCGUUCUUCACUGUGUUGUGCCACCGCCGACUCCAAUGCUGAUCGACCAAACAAGCUCCGAUCGUUCGCCACCAUCUUGCAGGAAAAUGGACAUUCCACAAUGUAUACUUGGGUAUUGAGCACUGGUUGGUGGGAGAGCCGAGCACCUAUCAACCCAGAUGCCGUUGUAAUAGUUGGUUUCUUAUGCAUUUGCUUGAUUGGAGGCUUUUUUUACAUCAACAGAGUGAAGCCCUUAAAGUCCAGAAGAAAACAAUCAUAUCAAUCAAUGAUACUUAUACUGAUCAUAGCAAGCCUAUACUGCUUAUGGUGUGCAAGCCAAAUAUACUGGGUAAAUCCUCGUCGGCCGGCAGUUGGUGAAGAGGCUGAUCUUGGAGUUCUUGUAUUUUUAACUACUUAUUUUUUUCUCCCUCACAGUUUGUGUAUCAUGUCCAUGUACCCAAAAGAUCUUGACGCAUAUCAAAUUCCCCGUUAACAAUAUUUACACAUGCUAUAUAUCCUAAUGUAGCUGAACAGAUGCUUUGAGUUUGAACAGCACAGAGAUUCGGGGAUGAAUCAAGAAGCUUCUAUACUUGCCAGAAUCUGUUUUCAUGGAGUUGUAACGAACUCUCUAUUUCUAAUUGUAAACACCUCCAUUUCUUCUGUUU